AAGAAACUCCGCUGCUCUAAAACUCCACACUCCUUCCUCCCUCCCUUUCACCUCUCUCGCUCUCUCUGCAUCAUUCUGCUGGACCGGGAGGACCCUCCAAUACAAAGUGAAUGCCGUGCAGGGGUCUUCCAAUCUCAGGGAUGAAGGUUCAGCAUGAGGCCUUGUGAAGAACUGAACAGUCAAAGGUAGUUAUUCGAAAACAAUCAUUAUUGUUCCAGUCCAGGUAUUGUUCAAAAUAUUACUUGAACAACACCCUCCUCAGAUUAGCAGAACAGGAACAAGAAACAGCUACAGCGUAGCACCUGGAAUACCAGAACACAUACGGAGCAGAACACUGGACCAAGGUGCCCAGAAUUAUGCCAAUCUAGUCAGAAUCACCUGAAGGAUCUUACUGCAACAGUGCUGACUUGGCUGUAACGUCUCAUCGAUAGCAUGGCUGACCCUUACCAGAACAAUGUGUACCACCAAGGAGGAGGUGACCCCUACGGCACCUACGGAGAGGGAGGAGACCAGGAGGGCUACGGUUACCAGGGCGAGUCCUACCCUCAGGAGGAGGAUGCAGCCAGCGACGCCACGGAGGGCCAUGAUGACGAGGACCAGAUGUACGAGGGGGAGUACCAGGGGAUCCCCCACCCUGACGAGGUGAAGGCGGCCCAGAGGGCAGCGAGGGCCAAGGCCAGGCAGGCUCAGGCAGGGGCCACGGAGCUGGAGGAGCUGGCUGAGCAGUAUGAGGACAUCAUGGAGGACUGUGGGCAUGGACGGUUCCAGUGGACCCUGUUUAUAGUGCUGGGCCUAGCCCUCAUGGCUGACGGGGUGGAGUGCUUUGUGGUGGGGUUCGUGCUGCCCAGCGCGGAGAAGGACAUGUGCUUAUCCAAUGGAGAGAAAGGCAUGCUAGGUUUGAUAGUGUUCCUGGGCAUGAUGGUUGGGGCGUUCAUCUGGGGAGGCAUGGCAGACAAACUGGGCCGCCGGAAGUGUCUGAUCUGGGCACUCACCAUCAACUGUGUCUUCGCCUUCUUCUCCUCCUUCGCCCAGGGAUAUGGCUUCUUUCUCUUCUUUAGGCUCAUCUCCGGCAUCGGUAUUGGAGGUUCCGUCCCCAUCGUCUACUCCUACUUCUCAGAGUUCCUUCAGAUGGAUAAGAGGGGGGAACACCUGAGCUGGCUGUGUAUGUUCUGGAUGGUGGGAGGCAUCUAUGCCUCCUUCACAGCCUGGGGCAUCAUCCCUCACUAUGGCUGGGGCUUCAGCAUGGGGACAGCGUUCCAGUUCCACAGCUGGAGGGUGUUUGUGCUGGUCUGUGCCCUGCCUGCAAUCACCUCCCUGGUGGGGCUCAUGUUCAUGCCUGAGAGCCCCAGGUUCCUCCUGGAGAAUGCCAAACAUGACGAGGCCUGGAUGAUCCUGAAGAAUGUCCAUGACACCAACUGGAGGGCAAAGGGUCAGCCUGAGAAGGUCUUCCAGGUGACACACAUCAAGGCUCCUAAGACCCAGGAGGAUGAGUUCAUUGAGAUCCAGAGUGCCACAGGGACGGCUAUGCAGCGUUGGGCCGUCCGGACCCUCACUCUGUGCAAACUGGUGCUGAAGAACAUUGCUUCUCUCUUGGGACCUGAGCUGAGACUGAGUACACUGUUCAUGGCCAUCAUCUGGUUCACCAUGGCUUUCAGUUACUAUGGACUGGGUGUGUGGUUCCCUGACAUGAUCAAAUACCUUCAGCAAGAGGAGUAUGAGUCCAAAGUCAAGGUGUUCCACAGAGAGAGAGUAGAACGCUUCCACUUCAACUUCUCCCUGGAGAAUCAGAUCCACAGAGAGGGAGAAUACAUCAAUGACAAGUUCAUCAACAUACAGAUGAAGUCUGUUAAGUUUGAGGAUUCACUGUUUGAAGAUUGUUACUUUGAGGACAUCGAGUCCACUGAAACAAUAUUUGAGAACUGUACCAUCAGAUCCACCGUCUUCUAUAACACAGAUCUGUAUGAGGAAAGGUUCAUAGACUGUAGGCUGGAGAACACCACAUUCCUCCAUAAUAAGAAGGGUUGUCACUUGGACAUCGACGAGGAGAACGAUGUGCUCAUCUACCUGGUCAGCUUCCUGGGGUCCCUGGCUGUUCUACCUGGCAACAUCAUAUCAGCUCUGUUCAUGGAGAAGAUAGGCAGGGUUAAAAUCAUAGGCCUCUCCAUGCUGAUCUCAGCUGGCUGCACCUUCUUCCUGUUCCUGAGCUUCAGUCAGGCGGCCAUCAUAGCCUGGCAGUGUCUGUUCUGUGGGGUCAGCGUGGCAGCGUGGAAUGGCAUUGAGGUCAUCACAGUGGAACUUUACCCAGCCUCCAAAAGAGCCACAGCAUUUGGGGUGUUGAAUGCUCUCUGUAAGCUGGCGGCCAUCCUGGGCACCUCCAUUUUUGCCUCCUUUGUGGGGGUCACCAAAGUUGUCCCCAUCCUCCUCUCCUGUACUGCUCUGGUGUGUGGAGGUCUGGUGGCCCUCAAGCUACCUGAGACCCGGGAGAAGAUCCUCCAGUGAGGAGGUCAUACUGGCUAAAGGUCACAGGAGCAAGGAGCCACCUUUACAGGCGGAGUUCCUCUGGAAGACACACAGGCAUUAUGCAAGAUUGGUUGUAACCACCUGGAGCUGACAAGAGUUUGUUCCACCAACAUAAAGAUCCUUUAAUUACAUGCUAACUAACAGUGUUCUUCAUUGUCUGUUCUGUCUCACUAGUUAUGAUGUGUUUGGAGUGAAAAGCUUUAAAAUCAACUCCAAAAAUCUAAAUUAUUAUUGGGAUUAAAUGGGAAUUUUUCUCCAAUUCCUUAUCUAUUGGCCUAAAAACCAUAGUUUGCCCCAUUUAAUGUAUGAUAUUGUCGACACAAGAUAAGAAUGGGAAAAUAUGUAAACCUCUUGAUGGAGACUGGUAACCAGAAACAGAUUUCUGGUCAAGGGAAUCUUUCUCCAAUGCCAUUUUGAAUUCAGGUACUGUCUUAUUUUGCUAAAAUUUUGUUGUUUUAAUCUUGGCCCUGCCUUAAUGAAUACUUAUCAACUCAAACACUAUCUUCUCUCCAAAAUGUAAACUAUAUUGACUGUAGUGUAGCAUUCCCUCCAUGUAUUCUCAUCUUGUGUUUCAAUCAACCCACAGUAUGUAGUGGGAGGACAGCAAAUAUCCUUCACAUCUAUACUGUAUUUUUGAAUCAUUACCUUUAGUUGAGUGUUUGAGGUUAUAGUCCAUUAACAAGGGGUAUAUUCAGUAGGUUGCCAUUUAGGGAACCACAUACAACUGCUAUUUACUGCAGUGUUCUCCAUCAAAUUGAGGAGAUCACUUAUUUGGCCGUUCCAUUAUAAUCUUAUUUUCAGAAAAGCUCUGAAAAUGUAAUCCUGCUGAAUAUGCACCUGCAAUCAAACCAAAAAAAUUGCAUUCCAAUUUUCCAAUUGAAUCUAACUUGCAACUUCAUUCAGCAAACUGUUUGGUCCUACAGUGUGUUUGUGUGCUUGACGUAAAUGUUCUCAGUUUCUCACUUGGGCUGUGGUUUAUUUGUGUUGUCUAUGCAACGACAUCUUUAGUUUUUCUGUGGAAGUGGUACCACAUAGGAAUACG